AUGGCCGCCUCCGCAUUGUCCGUCUGCUCCAGUGACCUGAGUUACGACAGCCGGGUGGACGACUGUCCAGAGAGCUGCUGCGAGCCCUCCUGCUGUGCCCCCAGCUGCUGCACCCCGGCCCCCCGCCUGACCCUCCUCUGCGCCCCAGUGAGCUGCGAGUCCAGCCCCUGCUGCCAGCCAGUCUGCAGCAGCUCCUGCCUGGCCUCAUGCUGCCAGACGUCUAGCUGCCAGCCCUCCUGCUGCACCUCCUCCCCCUGCCAGCAGGCCUGCUGUGAGCCCGUCUGCUGCAGGCCCGUCUGCUGCACGCCUGUCUGCUGCACUCCUGUCUGCUGCAGGCCUGUCUGCUGCAGGCCCGUCUGCUGCAGGCCCGUGUGCUGUGAGUCCUCCCCCUGCUCAGCCUCCUUGUGCUGCCAGCCCAACCCCUGCUCCUCGGUCAGUUGCAGACCCUCCUCCUCCGUGUCCCUGCUCUGCCGGCCUGUGUGCCGCCCCGCCUGCUGCGUGCCCGCCGCCUCCUGCCAGCCCAACUGCUGCCGCCCGGCCUCCUCUGUGUCCUUGCUUUGCCGCCCCGUGUGCCGCCCCGCCUGUUGCGUCUCUGCCUCGGCCCCGGAGCCCUGCUGCUGACCGGCCGAUCAUCCGCCCUCCACAAGCUGCUGUCUCUCUCACAAGCUCCAGGAGCCCCUCUGCUGGUGCCAGGACCUCCCCUCUCCCAAAGGUGGACAUGCAGAUGCUGUCCAGAGGGCAUUCGAACUUGGCUGGCCUCCCAGAGAGCCCUCGACAGGGCGGAGGGUGGGGCCCCAGGAGCCUCCUCUGCAGGACGGGCUGCUUGAAUCCCAUGUGACAAACACA